UUCAAUAUUUUGAAUUUCUGUUUAAUUGUCAUGUCUUCUCUUCCUUGGAGUCUUUCAUGUCCUAAUGGAGAAGUUUAUUGAUGCUGUCCAAGAAAGAUGUGAUCUAGAUAUCAACUGCAAUGAACGAACAUGGCUGCAAGAGUUAUACAAAGUUUUAUCAGAAGACAUUUACAGGAGGUCUUUGUUCAAAAAAUCAUGUGUGCAAGUUGCUAUUGAUGUUGUUAAAGUAAUCUUAGAAAAAAACAAAAGAGACGGUUUACCCACUAAUCACAAAGUUCUGUCUGUAUCUUCUCUCUGUGCCACCUAUAAAGAUAAAGAAUGUUUUACUGGAAUAUUUGGAAAUUCAGAAUCAUCUCUUUUGAAUUCCUCAGAAAAUUUUGGACCACCCGUGGCACCAUAUAAAGAAUUAGAAAUCUAUCCUAUGAUACUAUUUGGUAUCCUCACAGAUGAACCUUCGUCAGAUAAAUCACUGGUUUUGGAGGCUGGAUUUCUCUACCUUGAGGAUUCUAAGACUGCAAUUUUUUGUAAUUUCACAGAGGAUUGGUAUCCACAGGAUUACUCCUUCAAGAAACUGGUUAUGUUUACAAAGUGGAACUUUAUCAACUCAUUUUUCCCACUCUUUGUUUUUGAAAGCAGCAAAAGAACAAAAUCUGAUGGCAGAAAUCGUUUAAAAUACAUAGAAGUUAUAGAAGAAAUAGUUCAACUUGAUGGGCAACCAUCUUCAGUAGCUCCGGAUGCAGUUUCCAUAGACACGUACAUCAAUUUGGAGAAUAGUUCUGUGAAAUUGCCCAGCGAACGUGUGAAUAUCUAUGGAAGUUUAGUUCAACUCAGUUCAUCUUUUUCAGUGAGUGGAAGGAAACCGUACUUUUUUGCAGAAUUUCAAUCGUGCAGAACAGAAAAGCGAAUUUCUGUUAUGUUUAGGGGCUGUGAAUUUGCAUCGUGGUAUAAACUUAUGAAAAUUGGUGAAACUUAUGUUGUUAGUGAUGUGAAGAAGGCCACAUUUUGUGUGGAAAAGGAAAGUUCAUACAAGAUAAUUAUGUUAGGGGCGAUCAAAGAUACCAAACUUUAUAUCAAAAAUGAUGUCAAUUCUUUGCAUUCGACGCAGCGCAGAUCAUCUAAUGAACAAACACUACUUCAAAUGAAUGUAACUAAACGGAAAAGAUCUGAGACCAAAGAUAGUUUGACGCCAUCAAAAAGAAGAAGGGAUGAUACAUGUUCAACAGAAAGGUUUACAAACGAACCAAUAAGAAGAAAUCAAUAUGUUUUCUCACCGCCAAUCACGUAUGAGGGAGUCAUUACAAAUUCGGUGAAUGCUGAUUUUGGAAUCUACGAAAUCGAUAACCGAUUUAAAUUGUAUUUACACUACGCUCCGUGUAAACAUUAUGCGUGUGGCUUCAGGAUUGGUAUGACAGUAAAACUCUACAACGUUCAUCUUUGUAAACAUGGUGAGAAAAUUAUUGGUUUGGUGGCUUGUUAUCUAUCGACUGUACGAAUUUUGAAACACUCCAAAAUCAAUUCACCAUUUCAGUACUUCAUUCCUGGAUUAAAAUAUUUGACAACUACUUGCAUUCGAAUGUCCUUCAUCGAUUUUUUAAAAGUUCUUGAUCUGGUCGAAAGUCUCGGGAAGAAAUUCGACACAAAAUUGAGUGAGGCUGACAUUCUCGCUCCAAUGAACUUCAGCGACAGAGGCAGACCAUCAAUUUUAUCGCAUGUUUUGUCCAUGGAUUCAUUGAAGGUGAAUCGAGAUAUUCAUCAAGAGUUCUUCUGUCGACCUCAUCAGUGUAUUGUGUUAUCACCACCCCGAGGACUGGGGCUGCCAUGCGCACCAACGUUACGAGAUAUUCUCAGUUCUGUCGAUAGUUUGAUGAACAGCGACACUAAUAUGUCAAAAGCUCUGUAUUCCUGGAGUCAUGAGGUGUUUGCUCAGGAAGAUUUAAAGUUGAACGAGAACUUUGUGUUACUUGGAUGGUUGGAUCAUGAAAAGGACAAGGGAAGGUUGUAUUAUUGUGAUAAUACUGCUCGCAUACCAUGUCUGGUUACUUAUCCACAAACAUCAAAAGUAAUUCACGAAUGUAGUGAUGAAUGUACUAUAAGGCAAGUCAGCAAAAAGAAAAUUUUUGAUGAUGAACUGACGACAAAUUGUCCUUUGCUACAGACAAGGCACCUUGGUGCAAUACUUAAAGUUGAACGCUUUGAAAUUAUUGCCGAACGUUUUAGCUCCCUUAAAUUGAUACACCGAAGAGACAUGGACGGCGAGAAUUCGCUCAGGAAAGUUUAUUUAAAAUUUUCAAUUCCAGAUGUUAAAAUGAUCGGGAGUGUUUUAAAAAAAACUGGAAAAAAGGCACCUGGUAAUGACGUAUUAACGGAGGUCGCCUCUGGCGGAAUGAGCCCGCUGUCUCGAGGCCAACAAUCAUUGAUCCUUGUCAUGUUAUCUUCCUCGUACGCUACAAGGAUUAUGAGAUGGGGCAAUAAGUCUGCCAAAGCACGAUCCAACAUGGUGACUUUCACAUCGUACAAGAAACAGCAGGUUGUCAUUGAACUAAACAAUAAUUGUUACUGGCUGGACUUGCUUCAUCCGGGUCGUUUCUAUUGCAUUGUUGAUAAUAGUCAUGGGAACAAGGAAAGCCCAAUGGCUAACGCAUUAAAAGCUCAGACUCCUGUGAUUCGUAUGAACUUAGAUAUGAACAUCUCAGAAAUAGACAUAAAAAAGAUUGGCGCCAAAGAUGACAACUCGUGGCUUUGCUCGUGGUAUAAGUUAGCUAAGGAACAGAUCAAUGUCGAUAAUGUUCGAGCUGUUCUUCUGUCUUUGGAAAUUGAAAAUCCUUUGAAUAAAACGUCUCGAUCGUUCAGCAGUCUCAUCUCCUUUUGUGGUUUAAUCUUGUCACGUGAUACUGUUCCAUCCAAUGAUUUGGUAAAAUUAGAAUGCCCUAGCUUACUUAGCAAUCAACUGUUCGUCCCUUUUUCUGGUCGAAUAUCAAUUGCAAGGGCUUCUGACCUUUCACUGGGAUUUUAUUACCUUGGCAGACGUAGGAUUGUAUUGACCAUUCGUGAUGUCAUCACUAAAGAUACUGUAAAAGUGUAUUUAGAUUUCUCGAGUCGUACAUACCCCAUGGGUCUUUUGCCGGGUGCUGUCGUCACAUUACGUCAUUUAAAACAACAUGUAUCUAGACAAGGCAACAUUUACUUUACAUUUGAAGCAUGCUCGAAUAUCGAAGUCCAGAGUUUGCCAUCAACGUCAUGUCAUGUGACCGAUGACGUCGUGGAAGCUCCAACUAACAUCCCAUGUCGCUACAUUAUCGACUACUACAAUCUCCAAACAUGUGGCAAAAUAUUGUACUCGUUAUCUUACAUCCAGUGCCGUAUAGUCGCCGUACAGAAGGUUUCACUAACAUGGACUUGCAUGAAAUGUGGUUGGAUGCCUAACCUUUGCUAUUGUCACGUGUCUGGAACUAAUCAAAGUUGGCUUUUUAAAGGAUCAGUGAGUUGUGUCGUUGAAGAUGGUUCGGGUGAAGCGACAAUUUAUUUGAUGACGAAAACUGAUAAGAACGCUUGUGAAAGAGCUGAGCGCGAAAGUAAGAUUGACCACAAAUUGUUCGCUGUGGUGACGUCGUCUAAGAUCUUUCGGCGAAUCAAAGUUUUAUGCAAACAAUUUAAAUUAACGCCAUUGGAAGGCAAAGACACGAGAACUAUUCGAGUGGAUGGUAAAGAAUUUACAACAAAUGUCCCGGCAAAAAUUACGUUAAACGCACUUGAAGUUCACGAAGUACAAACAUUAAAUGACAUAAGAAAACACGUCGCUUCUUUAUCACAAGUACAGGUAAAUAUGAUGGAAAGUUCUUCUUCCGAAAGUGACGGAGACAUAAAAAUUGUUUCCAAAUCUUUAAACACGAGAUCAAGGCUUGUUACUGACGAUGAAGACGAUGCAACAGCCACAACUACAUGUAAUAACCAGGAAAGACUGGAAUUAAACCAAAAAACUCCCGAGCGUCAAGAUGUUUUUAUUGGUACAGCUAUAGGUACUCGCAGUUCUGAACGCCUAAAGAAGAAGUUACAAAGAGAAUACAAGCCUCCAUCCAAAAAAAAGAUUUUGGACAGUAUAACGGGAAGCAACAUUAAUUAUACAGAUAUUCGAUUGCUACGAAGAUCAACAAAUAAAUUCAUAAAAGGACAAAGUCCCUAUGUUACGGACAAAUAUGAUAUCUACAGUACGGACUACAGCGAUCUUUCCAAUUUUAUUGAUGACUCUGAGCUGGUAACAAAAGUACAAAGGAAAGGUUCAAAAUGUUUUGAAAAAAGUUUGCCAAAUGAUAAAAGAAUUGUGGAUAAAAUGGAGAAUGAUUUAAACUCUGCUUCUGAUAAUGAUAGUGAUUGUAAAACAAAAAGGAAAGACAAGAAAAAGAGAGUUGAACUCACUUCUGAUGAGGAUAGUGAUUAUAGGACAAGAAGGAAAGACAAGAAAAAGAGAGUUGAACUCACUUCUGAUAGUGACAGUGAUUGUAAAACAAAAAGGAAAGACAAGAAAAAGAGAGUUGAACUCACUUCUGAUGAGGAUAGUGAUUAUAGGACAAGAAGGAAAGGCAGGAAAAAAGGAGUUGAACUCACUUCUGAUGAGGAUAGUGAUUAUAGGACAAGAAGGAAAGGCAGGAAAAAAGGAGCUGAACUCACUUCUGAUAGUGAUAGUGAUUGUAAAACAAAAAGGAAAAGCAAGAAAAAGAGAGUUGAACUCACUUCUGAUAGUGAUAGUGAUUGUAAAACAAAAAGGAAAAGCAAGAAAAAGAGAGUUGAACUCACUUCUGAUGAGGAUAGUGAUUGUUGGACGAGAGAGAAGGUUGAGAAAAAGAGAGCUGAUAACUCAGACUCAGAUAAUGGUAAUCCGAUAUCUUGUAAGCAAAAACAAAAUUCAACUCAAACACUUCUAUCAAGUGAGGAUAUGGAAAAUGAAAAAUUGAUGUCACUGGAAAUACAGCGUAGGCGAUCUAGCAGGAAAACAUCUCAAAGAAAACGUAACGAAAAGAUUCAUUUGGAGAAGUUUGCCUUGGAAAGAAAGAAGAAGAAAGACAAACAAGAGCUCCGUAACAAUUUAAAUCAAUCGAAAGAUAUUGUUGAACAGAUGAAUUCAACGUGUGUUGACGUUUAUGGUGAAGAUGAUCUUGAUGUUAUAAUGGACGAAUAUGAAGUUUAUGGCAGUUCUUCUGACGUGUCUAUAGACAACGAUGAAAAUGUUGGACGUUUUAAAAUCAUUGAAGAAAAUGAAUCAGAUAAAGAAUUCAUCGUUGAUGACAAUGGUGAUGAUUUGGAGACCGAUAGCGAUAUGAAAAAAUCACAUUUGAAUAACGUUAAGACGUAUGAAAGACUUAAAACGUUGGAAGAGUCGGACGAUAGUACAGACGAGAUAAUUAUCGAUAAGACGAUGUUGGGUCUAUUCGAAGCCAUUGAAAGAAAUGACGUGACCUUUGUCAAAACAACAUUGCAAAGCGAUCCUAGUUUUAUCAAUGAAAUCGGUUAUAAAAGGCGAACUCCUCUACAUCAUGCUGUGAUACAUGGAUCAGUUGAUGUUGCGAGACUUUUACUUGAUUUCAAAGCUUUUUUACAUGCAGUCGAUUCUCUUUCUUUGCUUCCUAUUGUCUAUGCAAUUUGCUUGGGACAAAGUGAAUGUCUUAAAGUUCUUCUCGAAUAUGAAGACCUGAACAAUGUGAAUAACAUUUGUCAAGAAAGAUUAAAGCAAGGUUUGCUGCAUGCUGUGAUUUGUCGUAGAACUAUUUUGUUAAAAGAAUUCAAUACAACUGAUGAUGAGAUGUUGUUGGCAUGUAUCAAGAUACUUAAAGAUUACAACUGCAUAAGUUUUUUCGAAUUAAUGGCUGAGAAGGACCAUCAAGGAUUUACACCGUUUAUGGUCGCAAUUGCAACUGGAAAUUCGCAGUGCGUGGAGUAUUUUUUGAGAAAUGGUGCUUCACUUGAUGACACAAGUUGUUGCAAAAAUGGAGGAAGCCUGCUUCAUUUUGCCACUGAGCAUUCUUCUUCAGUGGAAGACCCAGAUAAAGCACUUUGUCUUAAAGAGUUACUCAAGACAUCUUUGCUGACGAAGAUUGAUGAUAAUGAUGACUCAGGAUACACACCAUUGAUGUAUGCUGUCCAGUGUGGUUAUCAUUGUUGUGUUUCGGCGUUGUUGGAGGCAGGAGCUUCUGUCCAUUGUAGAGACAGUUAUGGAACGACAAGUCUUCAUCUCGCUGCCGCCAGUGGUGACACUUGUUGUGUUCAAUUGCUUCUUGAUAGCGGUCAUCAAGUUGACUGUCUUGAUUGCCAUGGCUGGCCUCCCUUACUUUACGCUAACUUUGCGGCUCAAGAGAGCUGUGUUCUUUCUCUUAUGAAACCAAAUCCAAGACAGAUAUUUGUGCUUGGAGACUUAUUAGAAAGGGGAAAAUCUGAAGCAGCAAAAGAACGAAAUUUUAAGGUUGUUAAAGAUUUGCUCGUUGCAUUGGCAAACCAAGACGCUUAUUAUCGAGUCUUCAACGAUUUUAUUCGACUCCAUCCGGGGUUUCUCGAUAUUCAUGACUCUGGUUUACUGCACGAUACAUGGAAGGCGUUACUGGACUAUGACAAUAAACUCAAAUGGUUCAGUAGAAAGUUAAAAAAACUAAACAAAACUAGUGGCGAUAUUAUACACCUAAAUGUUGAUCGUUCGACGAUAUUUGAGAGCGCUAUGAAAAAACUUCAACAUUACGAUGGUGUAGCGUUAAGGAAUAGUAAUCUCAUUGUAACCUUCAAAAACGAAGAAGGGAUAUGUACUGGUCCAAAAAGGGAGUUCUUUGUAAAUGUAUGUAAAGACAUUCUGAAUGAACGUUACAAACUAUUUUAUUGUAAUGACGAUAACCAAUACAGUUUUUUUCCAAAUACAUACUUUAUAAAUGAACAUCGUGAGCCAAGCCUGUUAGCGACUGAAGAUGAGAAGUUCAAACAUCAGUCACGAAACUUGCCCAGUAUUCACGAAAGUUCUAACAACGGCAUCAAAUGUCGUAUAGAAGCAUCCGAGAUAAAUUCCAAACGACUCAGGGUUUUAGGAAAUAUUAUCGGAAAGGCGAUUUUUGAUGGCUUUUUUGUUAACUUCCAUCUUUGUAAGCCUCUUGUAAAGCAGAUUCUUGGAAUUAAACUCAAGCAUCCUGAUGAUUUGAUUUUCUUGGAUUAUGAACUACAUAAGAAUCUUGUUUAUGCAUUGGAAAAUGACGUUGAUGAUCUUUAUACUUCAUGUUUACUUGAUGUAAAAAAUCCGUGGAACAAUGAGGUUUCGACAUUGGAACUUUUUCCAUCUGAAAGAAACGAAAACAUUUUGAACAAUAAAAAUAAGGUGGAGUACGUUAAUUUAGUAUCCCGUUAUAAACUCGUUGACCUCAUUGCUAAUGAACUGAUAACGCUUCGUGAGGGAAUUCACGAGGUGAUACCAAAGUCGUUACUCGGUUUGUUCACUGCUGAUGAAUUCUCUCUUCUUAUAAACGGAGUCGAGAAAAUUGACGUUGAAGAUUGGCGAAAUAAUACCACUUAUGAACCGAAGGACGCAGUCGUCACAUGUGAGGAAGUCAAGUGGUUCUGGGAUGUCGUAAGCAAAUUAAAGGAGGACGAGAAGGCCCUUCUGUUGAAAUUUAGUACGGGUUCACCAUGUUUACCUGCGGGAGGUUUUGCCCAGUUGCAGGGUCUUAAUGGGACAACUUCAUUUCACGUGAGGAUAACGAAUGCAGUGAACAAGAUCCCAACAUCGUCGACGUGUUUCAAUCUACUGAAGCUACCGCAUUAUAGCAGUCGAAAAGACUUGAAAGAUAAGUUGAUGAUAGCUAUUAGACACGGCACCGAAGGCUUUUCCUUUGCAUAAUAUUAUACUGCACAGUUUACAGUGCGGGGAAAGCUCUUCAAUAGCAUAGGCAUGCACUUUUUUAGACAGCAGGUGUCUGUUGCGAGAAGUCUGGUUAGCGCUUUCCAUAGAUUUUUGACUUUCCUAACAAAACAAAAACACUUGUAACAAUCAGAUUAUAAUCCAGUAUUUCGUAAAUUUCGCAUAUGUAUUUUGAAAAAUAUGUUUGCUACUACAGUCGGCAGUUGACAGACUCUAAAAUUUUCAUAAACGUUAUAAUCUGUGCAUUCCCUACUGCAUAAACUGGAAAUGAUUAUACGUGCGCAUGCCUCAUAAAUAAUAUAUUAAUAAUUUAUGCAUGAAAACGUCAAUAUAUAUAUUACUCUUAAAUUGCA